GUAUUCGGUAUUUCGAAAGUUUCACGUGUUGUAUUCAGUGUCGCCUAUACAUCGUCAUUACUAAAUAGAAAUGUGACUGCAAGUUUCGCUUUGAAUAAAUUAUCUGGAGAUAUACAGCUCAAAAACAACAAUGGCUCUACGAAAAAUAUCACUUAUUCUAAUUUUUAUAAUACUUCUACAAGAUACUUUUAAUCCCGUAUUUGCUGGUAGACCAUUUUCAAAUCCAGGAAGAUUUAAUAUUGGUGGCGUACUGUCCAAUAAGCAAAGCGAAGCUCAUUUUAAUACAACGAUAGAUCAUUUGAACUUCGACUCCCAAUACGUUAACAAAGGAGUAACGUACUAUCACACAGUAAUCGAAAUGGAUUCCAAUCCAAUACGUACGGCCCUAAAUGUCUGUAAGCGAUUAAUCGCUCAAAGGGUUUAUGCAGUAGUGGUGUCACACCCUUUGACAGGUGAUCUAUCACCCGCAGCCGUGUCUUACACGAGCGGCUUUUAUCACAUUCCAGUGAUUGGCAUCUCGUCUAGGGAUUCUGCUUUCUCAGAUAAAAACAUCCACGUUUCAUUUCUGCGUACGGUGCCUCCAUAUUCACAUCAAGCGGAUGUUUGGGUAGAGCUAUUGAAGCAUUUCAACUAUAUGAAGGUCAUUUUCAUCCACAGUUCAGAUACUGAUGGUCGAGCUUUACUCGGUCGAUUUCAAACAACCUCCCAAAGCCUCGAAGAUGAUGUCGAAAUUAAAGUCAACGUAGAAUCCAUUAUUGAAUUCGAGCCAGGUUUGGAAAGUUUUACCGAUAAACUAACAGAUAUGAUAAAUGCUCAAGCCAGAGUUUGUCUCAUGUAUGCAAGCAAAAAAGAUGCUACAGUGAUAUUCAGGGAUGCUGCAGCUUUAAAUAUGACAGGGGCAGGAUAUGUAUGGAUCGUUACUGAACAAGCAUUAGAGACUCCUAAUGCACCAGAAGGUCUACUUGGAUUAAAAUUAAUUAAUGCUACGGAUGAAAAAACUCAUAUUAAAGACAGUCUUUACGUCCUCGUAUCAGCCCUUCGAGAUAUGAACGAAACGGAAACUAUAACUGAAGCCCCACAUGAUUGUGAUAAUUCUGGAUCUAUUUGGGAAACUGGAAAAAUUCUCUUUGAUUACGUAAGGCGCCAAGUCCUUGAAAAUGGAGCAACAGGAAGAGUUGCUUUUGAUGACAAUGGAGACAGGAUUUUUGCCGAAUAUGAUAUUGUUAAUAUACAGAGUAAUAAUCAGAAAGUCUCAGUUGGACAAUAUUUCUACCACGCUAAUGCGAGCAAAAUGAAAUUGAAAAUUGAUGAAACCAGUAUAAUCUGGCCUGGACAUCUUAAAACUAAACCGGAAGGUUUUAUGAUACCAACUCACUUAAAAGUUUUAACAAUUGAGGAAAAACCAUUUGUAUAUGUUCGAGCUGCACCUGACAAUGAAUGUCAAGCUGAUGAAAUUCCUUGUCCACAUUUCAAUGCAGAAGAAAGCAAAGAUCAUCGAAUGUAUUGUUGCAAAGGAUAUUGCAUGGACUUGUUGAAAGCAUUAUCAAAAUCUAUCAACUUCACCUAUAGUCUUGCAUUAUCUCCAGACGGACUUUUUGGAAGUUAUGCUGUUAAAAAUAGUUCAAUGGGAGGCAAAAAAGAAUGGACUGGUCUAAUAGGUGAAAUAGUAAAUGAACGUGCAGAUAUGAUUGUGGCUCCUCUAACAAUAAAUCCAGAACGUGCUGAAUUUAUAGAGUUUAGUAAACCCUUCAAGUAUCAAGGAAUCACAAUUCUGGAAAAGAAGCCAUCAAGAUCUUCAACUUUGGUAUCCUUCUUGCAACCCUUCAGCAAUACUCUCUGGAUUUUAGUCAUGGUGUCCGUACAUGUUGUGGCUUUAGUUCUUUAUCUUUUGGAUCGAUUUUCGCCAUUUGGGAGAUUUAAAUUAGCAAAUACUGAUGGCACUGAAGAAGAUGCUCUGAAUUUAUCAAGUGCCAUUUGGUUUGCCUGGGGAGUUCUACUAAACAGUGGAAUUGGAGAAGGUACACCACGCAGUUUUUCUGCCCGAGUUUUGGGAAUGGUUUGGGCAGGAUUUGCAAUGAUUAUUGUGGCUUCGUAUACUGCCAAUUUGGCAGCUUUCCUCGUGUUGGAACGUCCUAAAACAAAAUUGAGUGGAAUCAACGAUGCAAGACUGAGAAACACGAUGGAAAAUUUAACAUGUGCCACAGUCAAAGGAUCUGCAGUUGAUAUGUACUUUAGGAGGCAAGUUGAACUUUCUAACAUGUACAGAACAAUGGAAGCUAAUAAUUAUAAUACUGCUGAAGAUGCCAUUCAUGAUGUUAAAAUUGGGAAGCUGAUGGCGUUUAUCUGGGACAGUUCUCGAUUGGAGUUUGAGGCAGCUCAAGAUUGUGAUUUGGUGACUGCUGGAGAAUUGUUUGGAAGGUCCGGCUAUGGUAUUGGCUUACAAAAAGGGUCUCCAUGGGCAGAUUAUGUGACUUUAAACAUAUUAGAUUUCCAUGAAAGUGGCUUCAUGGAAGGUCUCGAUUUAAAAUGGAUUAUGCAAGGGUACCACACGCAAUGCGAUAUUGUUGAAAAAACACCAAAUACCCUCGGUUUAAAAAAUAUGGCAGGUGUUUUCAUAUUAGUACUAGCUGGUAUCUUUGGUGGUAUAUGUCUCAUAAUCAUAGAAAUGUCUUAUAAAAAACAUCAAAUAAAGAAACAGAAGAAACUCGAAAUAGCCAGACAUGCAGCUGAUAAAUGGAGAGGACAAAUAGAGAAACGAAAAUCACUUCGAGCUUCCAUGGCAGCUCAACGCAGCAUUCAAAGUAAUGGAUUAAAUGACCCUGUGACCGUCAGUCUUUCUGUGGAUGCAGUUUCAAGAUCAAAUAUUGGUCCACGAAGUCCUGGAAGAGCCUGGCCAGGUGAUAACGACAUUCGUCAAAGACCUCGUCAAGAUGACAUAAGAUUGUCUCCAGCAGCUUACACCCUCGACGUCUCUCACUUGGUUGUCUAAACUCCAAAUACACUGGGAAUCCCAUUUACGUAACUCCCAUUUAAGUAUGUCCCAUUGAAGUCGCUCUGAAAAUUGAUUCCUUGGCGGUUUCCGGAUGAGAGAAGGCGCGGAGCCGAAAGGAGUGUCUGCUCAGUCAACCGUGACCAACAGCAGGCGGGUCGCACUCUCAGCGCGUUAAUUGCAUCAGGUUACAUCAUGCUUUCCAAUCGAACAGAAAUUGUUCAAACUACCUUACCUGUUUACAUUCGAAGCAAAGGAAUCUUCUGCGUGAUUUAAUUGAAGUCCAUUUAGGACCAGGCCGGAAACCGUACUUAAACGGAAUUCUCAGUGGAAUCAACUGAAUUUUGUUUCCUAUAUUAAAGGAGCGUCCACAUAUUACGCCACGCUAUUUUCAGUGAUUUUUAACUCAUCCCUCCGUUUUGAGAAAUUGAUUCCCUUUUCAGUAAACCCUUCCACAAAAUAUCAUGUGAGACUGAACCUGAUCGCCCUUCAACUUUUAAAUACGAAACAUAAAUGUAAUUUCUUAUAAUCAUGAAUCGAACAAUGAAUAAUGACUAAAAACUGUAUGAUACUAGUAUGAUGACUUUUAAUUUAAUUCUGUAGAAAUUUUUUUUAUUCAAGAAUAUUAAAAUUAUUGAACGAUAAACUUAAAUGACCGAUUUACUUAACAAAUGAGGAGCCGUCUGCAAACACCUUUCUCCCUUUUUAAAGAAUUCUUCCUUCUCCCCGUUUCUCAAGCAAUUGUUCAUGUUUGAAAGUUAAUUUUUAUUGGUUUAGAAGUGUAAUAUUAUAUUUUCGGUACGAAAUUGAUCUCGUUUGGUUCAAAUUCUACUUUUUGAUUGAAAAUCGAAUAAUUUUUGGGGCGAAAAUAUAUAUUAAAGUUUAACUAAAAAUGUAACUAUUCGAUUUUCGAUUUAGAAAAUUAUUCUCUUUGGUUGAUUGUUCAACUCUUGUUGAGAUUGAUUUUUUUCACUGAAAACAUAACUAUUUCAUUUUCAAUUGAAAAUUAAUCUUUUCUGGAUUAAAAGUCUUCUUCUCUGGUAGAAAAUUAAUCUUUUCGGUAAUCUUUUCCUUGCUCCCUUUAGUCUCGCGUAGUAUGUGGACGCUCCCAUAUUAGGGUGGCUCUUAUUUUUCACGUUUUGUCUACAGACCACUUGUCAUCACCUUAUACCUAAUUUCUUUCUCAUUUUACAUUCUUUAUUAGUAUAAUUAAUUAAAUUAAUUUUACUUUUAAGAUUUCAGAAUCCUGGUAAUAAAGUUGAAAACAGGGUUUAAGAUAAAAACUGAAAUAAAAUCUCUAGACCCACUAAAUUAUUACCGACGAUAUUUCUAUAUUUCUAAAAUAAAUGACGGAUAAAAUUAUUACAUAAUAUAAUUAGUGUUAUUUUACAUUGAACUUGUUAAACUUUUUUAUUGCAAAAUUAUUUUUGUUAGCGUACUAGUUUAAUAUUUAUAUACUGUUAUACAUGAAGGGUCCGGAUUUUGAUCCAGUUAUUUGAUCCAGACCAUUAAUUUAGGGGCCAGAUCUAAGAACCGAUUAUAACAUUCUGGCGCUCAGGGUACAGAGACCCCUUACCGCUUAAAUUUAAGCAAUGUACAGGGCCUUUGGGAGGGGGAACUCUAGUCGCUAGAAAGUUAUAACUGGUUCUUUGAUCCGGACACUCAAUUGGGGGCUCAGAUCAAAGAACAGGUUAUAACUUUGUGGCACUCAGAGUGAAGAGACCCUUUACCGCUUGAAUGUAAGCAAAUUCCAGGGCCUUCAAGAGAGGGCCUUCUAGACGCCUAAAAGUUAUUAUGGAUUACUUCAUCCGCCCCCUUAAUUAAGGGCCCAGAUAAAAGAACUAGUUAUAACUUUCUGGCGCUCAUAGUGAAGAGACGCCGUACCACUUCAUUACCGCUUCAAUUUAAGUGAUGCUCAGGGUCUUUAGGAUCACUCUGCGCGCCAGAAAGUUAUAUCCGAUUCUUUAAUCCUGACCCUUAAUUGAGUCCCUGAUUAAAGAACAGGUUAUAAUUUUCUGGCGCUCGAAGUAAAGAGAUUCCUUACCGCUUCAAUUUAAGCACCUUCCAGGGCCUUUGAGAGGCCCCUCUAGAUGCCUGAAAGUUAUUAUGUGUUAUUUCAUCCGCACCCUCAAAGCGCCCAGAUCAAGAACCUGGUUAUAACUUUCUGGCGCUCGGAGUGAAGAGACCCCUUACUGCUUAAAUUUAUGUGAUGUUCAGUGUCUUUCAGGGCACUCUAGGCGCCAGAAAGUUAUAACCGGUUCUUUGAUAGGGACCCUUAAUUGAGGGCCUAGCUUAAAAAACUAGUUAUAACUUUCUGGCGCUCAGAGUGAAGAGACCCCUUUUCGCUUGAAUUUAAGCGCAGUCCAGCGCCUUUUUUCAGGAGGGAGAACAAAUUUUCUUGGCGCCACAUAGUUAAAUCGAUUCUUUGAUUCGCGCUCCAUUUUUGACGACAGAGACUGAGUGUUAAAAAGAAAAAUAUUGUAAUAAUAAUACAAAAGCGGUACACACUGCCAAAAUGGGAGACACCCUUUCUCAAAACAGAAAAUCUAUAUAAAUGUUUAGAUGGAGAUUAAGAUUUUAUUUAAACAAAUGUUGUCUUCUACGCGUUUAGAAAAAGUAACUCGAAUGUUGUACUUUUUCAAAAUUGUUAUAGAUCGAAA